CAACAACUGCAACAGAUCUAAAGACCACAUCAACAAUAGAGUCUACUACUGAUUCAGGGGCAUUAUUACCCCAUCAUGAAUACCACCCUGAUGAUAUUUUCCCUGGAGUUUCUGACCCAAGAUACAACCCAGAUGAUCCACUUAUUAAAAGCAUUGAAGACACCUACUACGGACAUCCUGUAGAAGACCAUUUAUCCACUAAUCCACCAACUUCAACACCAAAUGCUAAGUUUAAACCCCACCACAAGUUUCAUCCAGAUGACAUUUUUCAUUGGGUUGAUAAGCCAACCUAUGAUCCCAAUGAUAAAGGUAUGCAAGCAAUGGAAGACACAUAUUACGGUCACCCUAUCAGUGAUCAUUAUGGUGAUAAGGAGCCUGAUAAACCAGCCCCUAAUCAUCCACAUUUUUAUCAUCAUCUGGAUGAUAUAUUCCCUGGUGGGUAUGACAGAGAAUAUGAUCCCGAUGAUCCUGAUGUCAAAGCAGCCGAAGAUGCAUACUAUGAACACCCACAUGACGACCAUGACCCUGAUACGAUGGAUAACAUUUGGGCAGGAAAGGUGAUACAAUUUGACCAUUCCCAUUCUAUACACACACAUGGAAAUGAUAAUUCAGCAAACAUGGAUGGAGUCAUCCUAAAUGAUGAAUCAGGAACAACAGCUAAAAACAAUGGCAGAGUGUUUGAAGAUAAUGAGGGAUUUGAUAUACAGCAACAUCUUCACCAUCUACAUCACAAGAUCACUGACCCUGGUGUGAUCAUCAAUGGUGUUCGAAACACUGUUCCUCCAAAAGAGGUUCUCACAACACCCGAAGCAAUCCUCAGACCAUCUGGAAAAGUCAUUACACUAACAGAUAAUGAUAACUCAUUUCCAACAAACCAGCCAAAGAAACAAAAUGGCCGCAUCACUAAUGCAAAUCCAGUGGAUCAGUAUUUGACCAAUGAUAGUCCUGGAACAUUUCCAACUGAUUCCUUCACAGGCGAUAUCAGUAAUGACAAGUUUGGACCUACUACUGAUGACUAUUAUGAUAAUUACUAUGACAAUGCAAAUACAAACACUGAUACCGAAGAUGUACUGAACCCUGUUGGGACUGCAGAAGAGACUGACUCAAAUGAACCACCUAUCACCAAUACAAACAAUGGUCCUACUGAACAAGUUGAUACUGAUGGCCAAAGUGCACCAAAUGGAGCUACUGACAAAGAUGCUAAUAUCAAUGGAGUCCCAAGUGAGGUUGACAAAGAUGAUGAGUAUUAUGAUGACUAUCAUGAUACAGAUGUGACUGUCUCAAUAACUGCUGAAAAUAAUGUGCUGUUGGAGGAUGCUAACAAUGAAGUUACUACAAGGGCCAGUAGAGGAAGAAUUGCAGCAGCAAGAACUACCACAAUCCAACCUAUUUCAACUACCCCGUCUAACUCAAGUGGUAAUGGCACUGGGGCAGCUAUUUUGAUUGCACCUGCAGGUGGAGCCACUGGAGCAAACACAGGAGCUGGCUCAGGCAGCAGCAACAAUAAUUUGAUGUGGAUACUGAUUAUUGUUGCCCUGGUGCUUUGGCUUUUGUUUAUGAUCCUACUGGUUCUGCUAAUCUGCUGCUGUUAUAGAAUGCGACAAAGAAGAAAGAAACAUGUUAGCGAUGAAACUCAAACAACUGUUCGUCAGUGGGCUAGGAGUUCCCAUAACUCAGUAGGCAGCACCCCAUAUGCUAACAGAAAAGAAGUUGAAACACUGCAGUUUGGGAGCCAUGAUUGUGUUGACGGAACCAGAGGAGGAGGUUCAGGAACCAGUAUGACUGGUGCCACUUUUGGCCAACAGGGAAGCUAUGAAAGUCAAUAUGGAUCUACUUCUAAAAUGCCUUAUGGAGGGACUAGACGAACCCUGUAUGGAGAGCAUGGCAGCCAAACAGAUGAUGGGAAUUAUGAAGUAACUCCACAGCUUCAGAUUGGCACUCAAACCAUUGAUAAACCAGAUGAAUCUCCUUUGACUCAUCAACAUAAUGUCGACAUAGCACCUGAAACAUCCACCCUCCAGCGAAAUCUACUCAAGUCUUUGGGUGAUGGCAACAUGCCUGAGAGUGAAGAGGAAGUGAUCAGUGAAGGUGAAUACCCUGUAGUAAUUCUACCAAGAGGUCAAGAAAGCCCACCUGAAUCUAUACAUAUAAUGGAACCUAAAUCAACCUCACCUACAAGAAAGAAGCAAAGCUAUUUGGACCUUAAUUCAGCAAGGCAGAAGUCCCCUAAGAAGCGUAGACCAAGAGGCACCAAGCCUAGAAGAAAACCUGAAACCAAGACAUAUGUCCUUGAAGAACCAGUUGAGCCUAAGGCUCAAGAUGAUGUGAACGAGGCAAAUGUUGCCAACUGGGCAAUGAAUAACAUGACGCCAGCAGACAAGGAACCAUCAAUUGAUGAACCUGAUUCAAAGGUAGUAGAAGAGCCUAUAGAAGCAGAAGCUGCACCUACACCAGCUGAAGACCCAAUCUCUGUCCCAAUAGAGCCAGUCCCUACCCCUGCAGACUCAUUCCCUAUCCCCUCAGAGACUCCCACCACCAGCCCAUCUCCCCAGCCUACAAGGACAAGGCCACCCCUUAUGAAGCAAAAAUCAAGAAUACUGAGAGG